AUGCGCCCACGUCAGGGAGCGCGGAAGCCUGGAAAGAAGGAUUCAAAGUCAAAGGAGCUAAAUGAAGCCUCGAAGGGGAAAAGGGAGAUUGUGGAGAAAGAGAAGGCGCAGAGGACGCAGGAAGCGGAGAGGGAGCUGGAGGAGCAGUGGGAGCAGUGGGAGCAGUGGGAGCAGGAGGAGCAGGAGGAGCAGGAGGAGCAAUGGGAUCAGGGAACGGAGGGGGAGCAGGGGGAGCAGGGAGCUCAGGGGGUGCCAGGGAGGGAUGAUGGAGCCGGCAAGCAGCAGCAAAGCCUGUUCCCGGAGUCGUUGAAAGAAGAUGACAUCUGGAAGGCCAUGGAACUCAGUGAAGCCUUUAACGAAUCACUGGAAUUUCGUCCCCGCAUAAUUAGCGUGGUCAGCCCCAGCCUGAGCACUACACCCCCGCCCAGCAAGGUGUCCAGCCCUUCUUGGAGCGAAGAGGAGCCUCUGCCGCACAGCCGCAGCGAGGGCUCGCCUUCUGCUUCCAGCAGCGCCUCAACCCACAAAAGCUAUCCCAAAAUCUUUCAAACAUUUAAGAAAGACUUGUCUGAAGUGACUGUUGAUAGAAAUCUGUACCCAAGUUUGUAUGAAAGAGUUCAGAUAUCAGUACAAACAGAGGACGAAAGUUGGCUUCAACGCAUUUCUACUAGAAAGGAAAUAAAACGAAUACCAUCCAUUGAGAUAACAGAAGCACCCCCAGAAAGUCCAGCUUCUAAGUUAAGAGGAAAUUGGGUAAUUAAUCCUGAAGAGCCCAAGCUAAGCAUCUUAUGUGAGAUGGAGUUUAAUGAAGACUUUGUAAAUUUAUUUGAAACUUCUCUAAGGACGUUACCCAGCAUUGGGCCACCGGCUAUUCUGUCAUAUAGAAAAGAUUACUCGUAUAUGGACAUUAGCUUUAAGGAUGAACAAGAGCUGGAACCCAUAUGUGAAUUUUGUGGAAGUGAUCUACAGUCAUUGUUUUUUAAUUUGGACAGUUCCUCUGAUGACAUUCAAACCAAACGAAAAGCAUAUAGGACCUGCUGUGUUCAGUUUCAAAAUCUUCUUGAUUAUAUCAAUGAGGAAAUGCUAACCACCAAAACCCCCGAGAUGGAAUUAAUCAGUAUCACGCCUCACGCAGCACAUGGCAGUGAAAUCGACAGGCUCAAGGCAAAGGAAAAGGCUUUGCAGAGAAAACAAGAGCGGCAGAUGGCCAGGCAUUUUGCGAUCAUAUCACAUGAGCAGAGCCCCACAGGAACAGAUGACGGUAAGACUUUUGUCAUGGAUGCCCUGCAUCAUCAGAAAACAUACUCUCAGAAUUCUACCACCCAGAGGAAAGCUGGUAACAUUUUAAAAUUCACCUUCCCUUGCUCUGCCUUCCCUUCUUGACUUAACUUUACCUCUGAGCAGUCUGUGCAUAUGGACCCGAUUAACACAAGAUGCUUAGUGUGCUUUGGUUUUGAUGCUAGCGUGAAUGGGAUGAUUUUUCUCAGCUAUCCAUCUGGAAACCUAGCCAUUAUGCGAAUGCCCAACAAGACAGACGGUUUUAUCUGUAUAAUCCAAGAGGACACGCCCACCAGCCCUGCUAUCCUGGCACUGUUUGACUCCUCCGGCAGAAGCUCCUGCUAUCACCCCAAUGGAAAUGUCUGGGUAUACAUCAACAUCUUGGGAGGCCAAUACUCAGAUCAAGCUGGCAACAGGAUACGAACCUGGAACUGGUCAAGUACCAUGCCUUCCUCAUCCUUUGUCUCAUUUAAACCUGUCUUUCUGGCUUUGAACCAUUACAUUGGAAUUCGCAUCCUAGAACAAGACAGAGUCUCCAUUAAUUUUCUAGCUAUGGGCCAACAGGCAACAAUCAGCCUUGGAACCAAAGUAAUGCUCCAUGAUCCAGAGGAGGUUCCAGCCCUGAGGUUCCUGAGUAGUGAUGACCUUCUGCUGUUUGCCAACUUAAUAAAGAUCCGGAGGCUGUUCAAUAAGCUGGAAGGAUGCAUGAAUUUCCCCGCAAGUCAAGCUUGGGAAAAAUUAAAGCAACCUUCCUACCUUUCUUCACUCUCUCUAAAACUACUUGCCCUCUGCCAUAAUGCUGGCAUACAGCCAAAUAUAAUGGAAACAAUUACAAAUCUAUUAAAAGAAGAGGAGUAA